AUGAACUGGGGUGUGUAUGAAGCACUUCUUACAGGUGUUAACAAGUUUUCUACAGAAUUUGGACGUCUUUGGCUUUCAAUUGUUUUUAUUUUUCGAUUUUUGGUGUACGCACUUACAGCCAGUCGGGUCUGGGGCGAUGAUCAGAAAGAAUUUAUCUGUAACACUCGUCAACCAGGAUGUACCAAUGUUUGCUAUGACUACUAUUUCCCUGUAUCCCACGUCCGCCUCUGGGCUCUUCAGUUGAUUCUUGUAACAUGUCCAUCUCUCCUGGUUGUUAUGCAUGUGGCUUACAGGGAGAACCGAGAAGAAAAACGAAGGGAAAAAUUAGGAAAGGACUGCGAGAAAAUUUACGUGAAUACUGCAAAGAAGAGAGGAGGACUGUGGUGGACCUAUCUCAUCAGUCUUUUUUUUAAGGCAUUAGUAGACUCUGUGUUUAUCUAUGUUUUUUAUCGGCUGUAUGAAAAUUUCUUUCUGACUCGAUUAGUGAAAUGCUCUAUUGAUCCUUGCCCUAACAUUGUGGAUUGCUUCAUAUCUAAGCCUUCAGAGAAAAAUAUCUUCACUCUGUUUAUGAUCAUCACCUCUGCUCUUUGCAUUCUCUUGAACCUUGUCGAGGCCACCUAUCUUAUUGGCAAGAAGUGCAAGGAAAUGAUACAUAGGAGCAAUAAUAUGACUCUACACGAGAGGAUUGUGAAAAGUAGCCAUGAGGACCAACAACACAAUAAUUGCAAGGAACAAAUUCAGAUUGGGAUACACUGUAAGAACUCAAAUAUUAAUAAAAUGAAGACAGACAAUAUUUCCAAGUAAAGUGCUUUAUAAUUAGUUGGUUAUGCUAAGAAUAUAAACAUUCCAUCAUGCAUUCUAUAACCCAGGGUUUUUAAACUAGACACAUUGUAACAAAUUAUUGUUAUUUAAGAAUGUUACUUUAUUUUUUUCUAAAUAACAUGGAUAAUUUUUUUUUUAUUUAUGUAAUAGACAAUUUAGCACCAAUAAUUUAGUUGCAUAGAGUUCAAGCUUUUACAGUUUGAUGCACACAUUUCACAUUAAUGCAAAUGGGUUUGAUGCUCAUCAGCCAUUGCAAUUAUUCUUUGGCUCUGUUACUUUAUCCUUACC